AAUUACACAAGUUGCACUUCGCAGAAACUUUAAAAAGUUAAAGAUGAUACACAAGCAAGAAUUACGUUCACUCCAGCCUAGUGGCAAGCAAUCAAGAGAUUAAAAUUGAGAUUGCAUUCAUUAUAAUAAAAUUUGAAAUUCAUACAUUACGUAUGUACGCUUACUCUACGAAAUUCUAAAAGAGAAAAGUUUGGCACUCAAGAACAGAAUCCCCUUAAACAUUAAUCUAACUUUGACGAAUAUUAAACGCUAUCAAUGCUACGCUAGAGCCAUUUACGGAUCUGUAAACGCUAACACUAUCAAUACACUACCUCAGAAGAAAUAGCGUUAAUAGUGCGGUUGUGAUGUAAUAUGCUAUCAUUAGUGACGUCAUGUUUAUUAGCGCUAUCUGCAGCUCCACGAACAGUUUGUAGCGCUAAAUAGCGUUCUCCUCGAAUAACGUCUCCCCGAACGAACCCUAAGUAGUACAAAAAGCCGAAAUUAUCGACUAUUAGCACGAGUUCUGAUUGGCUGCUGUUUUCCGCUUUUUGCUUUUCCGUCAAGGUGUGAACGCGCCCUCAUUCUACUUGGUUUCUACUUCCACCACUGUCAUCAGUGGUCCAUUCUAUAUGUCGAUGGAUACUGCUGAUAGAAUUAAUCGUCGAUUAAAAUUAAUCAAAAUUGAUUAAAAUAGAGUCAGUUGUCACCAAAAAUGGGUAACAGGUCAAGUCUUCUUUUACGUGAGGAUGAAAUAGCGCAGAUACAAAAUGCUACUGGUUUUACACCAAAUCAAAUCGAACGUUUGUACAGCCGCUUUACAAGUCUGGAUCGCGGAGAUUGUGGAACACUUAGUCGAGAAGAUUUUCUCAGAAUCCCAGAAUUGGCAAUAAAUCCUCUUGGUGAAAGGAUAGUAAAUGCUUUCUUUGAAGAAAGUGGGAACGACAGAGUGAAUUUCCUACAGUUUAUGCAAGUCCUGGCUCAUUUUAGGCCUAUCAAAAAGAACAGUCCCAAUCGAUUGAAUUCUAGGCAGCAAAAAUUAAAAUUUGCAUUUAAAAUGUAUGAUUUGGAUAAUGACGAUCUGAUAUCAAAAGAUGAACUACUCGCUAUUUUACAUAUGAUGGUUGGUGCAAAUAUUAGUGAAGAACAGCUAAUCAGUAUUGCGGAGCGGACCAUAGUCGAGGCUGAUGAAAACGGUGACGGUAUGAUAUCAUUUGAAGAAUUUUGUAAAGCAUUAGAGCGUACAGAUGUUGAGCAAAAAAUGUCAAUAAGAUUUCUCAGUUAA